GGCCAAGGUGGUGCUGCUGCUGGUCAGACCUCGGAGGCGGCGCGCGGGCGGCAGGUGUGGGAGAGACCGGCCGCUAUAUGGACAUGCUGCAGCCAGGUGAGAGGGAGGUGUGUUAACGAUGGCGAUGAUGUGGUGGUCGCUUUACAUGGCCCUUCCUGAGUAUAGAGAGUGAAAGGGGAGGGUUCCAGCCACUCGCCGCCCACUUCAUGCUCGGGAGCCCAUGACCGAGUCUGCCUGGCUGCCGUGGCGAGCCGAAGCGAUCACGGCCAAGGAACUCACCAAAGGCCUCCCUCCCUUACUCCCGCCCCACGGACGUGCACCUGCCGCCCCCGCCAUGGAAAAACCAUGGCAAUGAGGGCCCUUGUGUUUGUGACUGGAAAUGCCAAGAAGCUAGAGGAGGUUAGAGCCAUCCUAGGAGACUCCUUUCCCUUCAGAUUAGUGAAUCAGAAGAUUGAUCUGCCAGAGUAUCAAGGAGAGGCAGAUGAUGUGAGCCGCAAAAAGUGUGAGGCAGCAACCGAGCUGAUCAAGGGUCCCGUCAUUGUGGAGGAUACGUGUCUUUGCUUCAAUGCUCUGGGAGGGCUUCCAGGUCCUUACAUAAAAUGGUUUCUGGAAAAACUGAAGCCUGAAGGCCUGCAUAAAAUGCUUGCUGGCUUUGAAGACAAGUCUGCUGAAGCAGUGUGCACAUUUGCAUAUUCUUCUGGAGAUCCCAAGGAUGAAGUUCUCCUCUUCCAUGGCAGAACUGCCGGUACAAUUGUUGAGCCUCGUGGUGAUAACAACUUUGGCUGGGACCCAUGUUUUCAGCCCAAAGGUUAUACGGAGACCUACGCUGAAAUGGACAAGGCUGUUAAGAAUGGAAUCUCCCAUCGGCGGCGUGCCGUGGAUGCCCUCAGGGAGUACUUCACUGAAGAGGAGGGAAAAGAGCUACUCACUAAGAAGUUAAAAGGUGAUGACAGCUAAUGGUUAAUAGUUGGAUGCAGAGACAGCAAUUUUUUUCAUUGUUUUAAUUUUAUUGAUAAAUGCCCCAAAAAAAUAUGCAAGGCAACUUUUUCUUCUUAUUUAUUCUUAUUUAAUUAAUAAAUGAGUCGAUUUAUUUAGUAUUUUGUGUGUGCGUGUAAUUCACCUAUUUGUAUCUUCCUGGACUGAGCAAUAACCUCAUGUGCCCCUGGUCUGAAGGCCUUGGGUUUUCACCCUUGUUACAUACCUUUGGCAGUAUCUGACUAUCACCCUGGGAGGCAGUACACAUCCCUUGACCCUGACUCAUUCACUGCUAGGUAGACAGGGGCAUGGAUAAAAGGAGACUGUUUAUCUGCCUUCACUCUGCCUGGGAAUAGAACCUGUGAGCACUCUGGAGCUCCUUGUGUGUGCGUGUGAACAUUUCCACGACGUAUGUUUAAGACUGGCAAACCCGGUCAUUUCCAUACUAGAUAGAGCAAGAAUGUGAAAGGAAACUAUUGUAUAUCAAUUGUCUGCUGUAGGACAGUCAGAUAAAGAUGAAUUGUACAUUUGAGGUGGCAAAUAAAAAUAUUUGUCAUGAAUUAAAUGUUAAAUUAAUUU